AUGGUUGCAACAGCAGUUGAUUAUACAGAACAUUUCUGGGGUGAAAGACAUCAUGGGUAUCAUGUUUUGUACGAGAAUCUAAAACAUGAGGAAGAAUCUGUACAAGAAUUAGCACAAUUUAUAAAAGAAAGAGCAGCAUAUGAAGAGGAGUGGAACAAAUUUUUGAAUAAAUGUAUUGCUAAGACAAAUGGGCUCACCGCACCAGGUUCAAUGUUCGCAAAUGCAUGGCUUGUAACAAAGAAUACAGUGGAGCUUUUAACAGAAAUACAAGCAUCCUUCUAUAUUACCUUGCAACAUCUGCUAAAAGACGUUUUCAAAUAUCACGAUGAUUUAGUGCGGUCGAGGAAAAAAAUGAAAGAGCAAGAUGUUGUGGAUGCAGUAAAUUUAAUGCAAACCACUACUACCUGUCUGCAGAAGUCGAAAGAAACAUACGCACAACGAGUGAAUGAACUGGAACGUUUAAAAAAAGAAAAUGCAACACCGAAGGACAUUUCAAAGGCUGAAAGUAAGUUAAACAAAUCACAUGAUGAAUAUAAGGGUUAUGUAGACAAGUAUGGUCGCAUACGAGCUGAUUUUGAAGAGAAAAUGAUUAAAGCAACACGUUUAUUUCAAGCACAUGAUCAGUCAUUUUUGCUGCAAAUGAAAACGUUUAUGGCAAUAUUUGCACGUGCAUUGGACGAAUCGGCAUCUGCCACAUCACAGGUAUGUGCUCUAUAUCGGGAUUCGGUUGAUAAUUUGGACAUUGACGAAAUGUUAAUCAAAUUUGUUGAAACAAAAGGAACAGGCAAAGAUCGACCAGAAUUUGCUGUUUUUGAAGAAAUUGAUAUUGCUAAAGAUAUUAAUCCAUCGGAUGUAUUGGCUCCAUAUUCUUCUGAUUUAUCAACAUCUGUACAUAGGUCAGCUCCUGUCGACAGACACCCAUCUACGGCACACAAUUUGAUGACACUUGAUACCAAUACGUUUGAUGCCUGGAAUAACGAAAUUAGUGCUUUGAAAGUCCAGCCUUCUCCAGUAGCAAGCGAUAGCAGUUCGUCUACAGCAGCUAAUAUUGGCUCAGGAUCUGUACCAUUCUCAGCCUCAUUAGGCCGACAGAAAUUGUCCUUAUGGUUGCCCGGCAAAAGAAAGAAAUAUGCAUCACAAAGCAGCCUGCCAGUAUCGGAGCCCCCACACCAAGAAUUUAGUCACAGCCAGUCAGAAUCUUUGGGUUUUCUAAAGAAAUAUCGAUGCAAACAUAAGAAAUCGAAUACCGACAUCACCGCUCCCAACACAGAUGGUCCAGCCACAGAGGACUCAAAAAGCACUGCGAGUAGCAGCAAGAGUGAAGAAAAACCUUUCAUUGCAACAAAUGGUUCCCUUAAUAUACUAGAUGUGCCUGUAGUUGUACCACCGCCACUUCCCACUGUACCACCACCAGGGAAUAAUGAUGAUGAAGGUGCCGGUGAUAAUUUUAGUCGGUCACGUUGGAGUAGCUGCACUGAAUCUUCAGAUGAUGAUGAAGAUCUACGGCAAGCGGCCAAAUUGCGCCACAUAAACAUUAAACCUCUUAUUGAAUCUAAGGAUAACAUUACUGCAUCGGUUGAUGAGCUUCGGGAUGCGAUCGGAAAUAUCGUAUUACAUAGUACAGCAUUUAGCAGAAGCAGCACUUUUGAUUGUGAUCCAUGGUCAUCUAUACGUCGUUCAACACCUUUCAAUGCAGGUUUAGAAGGAACUGUUCGACCACUUCGUGCUGCACUUACUGGUGAUGACCAUGUCCGUGGAAAACACUCGGAUUCAUCGCUGUCAUUUUCUUCUUCGAUGUCCAGUUCAAAUGUAGCUCGAGCUCGACCGCACAGUAGUACGCCAACACCUGGAGUAUCUAGCUUGACAUUGCAAACAUGUGAUCAUUCAUCAGUUCGUUCUGCAGAAGUGGGAUCCACAGGAAGUCAAACGUUUUCUGGAAGCGAAUCAGCUUUGUCCUUGGAACACUCUAUGGCUACUGGGAUACCUUUUAAGAUAUCAGCAUUAAAUUUAAGCGCUUCAGCCACGAUUAAAGAGAAUCGUAUACCGGUUGCAAUGGCAAUUAAUGAGUAUAUACAUGCGUGGUUCAGAGGAACAGAUCUGGCAAAAACAACAGUUCGAGCUUUUGGUUCUAUUCUUGUAUCGUUCCCAGCGUCCGUUGUUCCCGUUUUAACUGACCUUACCUCUGACAUUGAUCCACUUAUCGUAACGUUGAAAAAUGCCGAUAAAAUCAAAGCUAUUUCGCCGAACAGUCAGUUGAUUUCGCAAGUUAUUGAUGCUUUCGCUGCACCUUACACGUUUGCAUUUGAGAAAAGUCGGCUAGCUGAAUGGUUAUCUGCUCGAAAGAUUGAAAAACCAGAUUCUCAGUUCUUCAAUGCAGAGGUAUUAACGUAUGAAAUAAAGGAGCCGACAGUUCCACCAAUUGUUUUAAUAGUUUACUGGAAAUUGGAGGCACAGAAUACGGAUUUAAGAAUUGAUUAUCGAUUAAAUAUGGAUAGUAGUAUCAAUUGCUCUCUUGCAAAUGUUGUUUUCACUACAAAGGUGGAGGGUUCCGUGGUCAGUGUUAUUGCAGAUCCUAAUGCGGAAUGGUCACCUUCGAGCAACACAAUAUCUUGGAAACUAGCUGAGCUUUCUCGAGAUGGUGAAUGUGGCGGAUCAUUAAAAGCAAGGCUUUCACUUUCUGGUGGUCCCGCAACUGUUUCGCAGACCUUUGUUCAAUUUCAAGUAUCAAAUGUAACCAUUUCUGGUGCAGAGAUAACUACUACGAGCGACGAUUUGUAUCACCUAUCUUUGGUGCGACGAAAUGUUUUCUCGGGCAAAUAUUUUUGUGAUGCCGAAAUGCGCAGUUAA